UUUUCUUUCUAGCUUCUAGUAUAAGGUGGUACGAGAGAACGAACCACAAUGUCCAGAAUUUAUAUAACAAAUGUUUUUGGCUAUUACAGGAGACCUUUAUGAGAUUAACGUAGCUGGAUAGAAGUGAUUGCUUGGAGCUGCGGCAGAUGAUCGUGUGACUGCUGCAGACUGGUGAUAUAAGAUGGAGGCAGCAUACAGAGAACUUUACCAGGAGUUUGUUCGCCUGAAAUCUCUUUGUCUUAGGCAGGCGGCUCUGUUGCACCGACUUAUGACAACCCUACAGGAGGCCAAAGGUGCUUCAAAUGGAGACUUGUCUGCCAAGCGUAUCCAAGAAAUCCCAGUGCAUUUCCAGGGAAACACAAUAAGUGCACACAACCCCACAGCACAGUCUGACUUGUAUGCACGCCCUCCAAAUGAGAACACAUCUCAUCUCCUAGCUGAAGAUAUGUCCAAGCUCAGCAUGAAGGCGUCUUAUGGCAAAGCACAACAAAAGAUGUCAUUAGCACAGGACUCUUUAACAAAUAGGUUUUCCUGUGAUCCUCCCAGUGAAGGCGGGAGCCACCACAACUCGAGGAUGUCUCUGUCAGACUGCCAGUUCCUUGGCUUUGACCUCCAGAGUCUUCCAGGCAGAUUGCUGAUGUCCGAUGUGACGCUGCACUCUCACGUGUGCGACUUUUGCCAGGCCGUUUUUCCGGGACACACAACAACCAGGGGGGAGUUCCUGCAACAUCUCCACAACCAUGUCACCUAGUUACCAUCACUAAAGACGAGCUUGGGUUUCCUCUUUAAAAUUCCUAAUUCAACCUCUACACGUGAUUUAUCCAAAACAUCGCAAACGGCUUCAUCAAAACUGACAAUUAUUAAAUUUAUAAAGGCAAAAUCAAAUUGUUGCCUUCAUAAAGCCUGAAUUAAGUAUACAUCUUAACAAUCUUAACUGUCAUAUACUGUAAGUGUCAGGAGGAGUUAAUCACUGUAUGAUAAAAUAAAAUAAAAGUAAAAUACAGCAAAACGACACAACAUGUGAAUAAGCCUGACGGAGACGGACUAAAUGGAGUGGGAACAUAAAGUGUUUGCAGAGGGAUGCUGUCAACCUCUGCUCUUUUAAAGAUAUUGCAACUGUUGGCAGGCGGAAUAAGAACAUGUUCACAACAUUGUGUUUUGUGCUUGCUUUGUCAUUUUGUAGUUUCAGGAAUUGACAAUCAACACUGUUGCUUAUGAAAGUUAAGAAAGAAAAAAACAUUCUCCCAGUGCAUUAAAUAUGUGCCUUUUGUUGUUAAGCUUAUCAGGUCAUUUUCAUGCAUAUUGUUAGCCGUUAUUCUUUCAGCGCGACACUAUUAAUAAAAUAAAUGUGUGUAUGCAAUUGCUCAUACGGCCACAGCACGACUGGUUAGCACAUCUGCUUCACAGUUCUGGCGACCGGGGUUCAAAUCCCGGUCCCCCCCUGUCUGGAGUUUGCAUGUUCUCCGCGUGCCUGCGUGGGUUUUCUCCGGGCACUCCGGUUUCCUCCCACAUCCCAAAAACAUGCGUGGUAGGUUGAUUGAAGACUUUAAAUUGCCCGUAGGUGUGAAUGUGAGUGCAAAUGGUUGUUUGUUUCUAUGUGCCCUGCGAUUGGCUGGCGACCGGUUCAGAGUGGACCCUACCUCCCGCCCGAAGAUAGCUGGGAUUUUGGUUGUUGAUCAAUAGAUGAGUCAAAAGAUUUAAGAGUAGUAGUCUCCCUACAUUAGAAAAAAUGUCACAAACAAAAAUGUCACAAAAAAUACUGUACACUGAAAUAAUGAAAUAAUAAUAAUUUAUAUAAUAAUAAUUAUGAUAAUAAUAAUGAUCUUACUCACUAAUGUACUUAGUGUGAAUUCUGAGCUUAUUUAGUUGAAGACAAAGCUAUUAUUCUGUUGUAUGAACGGCAACAGGUGGAUACACAGGUUAAUUGUACCUUCUUUUAUCUAGUGGAAGUGCAUUUAAUUGUUAUGCCUGUCACUAUACAGUAUGUCACUCAGAUAGAUGAACAAUGAAUCUAUCAAACCAGUGGUUGGGAAUCACUGCUGUGAUGUAUGCUUUGCCUAAUGUAUUGGACCGAACAGAAUUUCACAGCAUGCCUUAAGAUUGUAAUGUUUUUUAAGCCUCAAAACAGUAAUGAGCACCUGUAGGUUAUUGGAAUGGCGACACAAUAAAAAAAAAUAAAAAGUGUGUGUCAUUGCAAUCUAGUUUUCACUGGUCAUCUGUCAGCUGCUCAGUGCUGUGUUGCUAAGGAGGGAACACCAAGGCUAAGAAUAGCCUACACGAAUGAAGGCGCUAAUUAACACUGCUGACAGCUGAUUGAUGACACCGUCUUCAUCUGCCUUCAUUCUCCCUCUUUCUUUCAUGAUCACUGUAGGGAAAAAUAAUUGAAUAUGGAUAUGAUUAUCUUGUGUUGAAAUACAUUUACAGUUGCUGGUUAGCAUGUCUGCCUCAGAGUUCUAAGGUUCGGGAUUGGAAUAUCAGCUCCUGCCUUCCUGUGUGGAGUUUGCAUGGGUAAAUUGAAGACUACAAAUUGUCCAUAGGUGUGAAUAGUAAAGUUUAGCUGUCAGGGCUAAGGGUUUGCAUGGUGGACUUGGCAAAUGUGGUGGACCCAAUCACAGGGGAGCAGGGAGGCAAGGCAGGUGAGCAAGCGUAAUCUCAAAAAAGUAUUUAUUAACAAACAAGGUUCACAGAAAAAUCUAAAUAUAAAAUUCUGAAAAUCCCCCAAAAUAUAAAUUCAAAGUAAUAAAGAAUUACAAUGAAAUGAAACACUCACCACUACAGGAAAUAUGACCUGACUAAAGCUACGUGAUAUACUAUAUGACAGCAAUAACUGGGAACUGAAAGAAAGUAGGGAACUAUGUAAACAAAAAUUGAAAGUAGGGAACUAUGUAAACAAAAAUUGAUGAGACAAUGAGGCACACCUGGACAUGACACGAGUAGCUGGAGGGAGCUGACUGGUAGACACAAGGAACAAGGCUGACGAGAACAGAAACAAAAGCCUAGCGAGUUGAAGAGAAAUGAACAAGGGACACAGAAAAACAUGACAUAACAUGAAGCAAAACUAAAACCUUGUCCACACGGAAACGAAGCCGAUCUAAACACGGAAUUGUUUCAUGGAAACGCUGAAACACUGUGGUAUACAGAUGUAAGCCAGGCAUGUGUGGCAGUGUAACGCAGCCACAGGAAGUCACCAAAAACAGAGAGCAAAAGGCUCUGUGAUGUAAACAAACUCACAUCAAUGGCAGUGAAUGCAAAGCGAGGAAUGAAGGAGACAUUUGUGUGGACUGGAUUUUUUUGGAGAGAUUUUGCUGGAAAUGCCUAUCAUGCCCAGGACUUAUGCAGGACGAAUGCAACACAAGUAACCCACCAGUCGGUGUUAAUGUUGGCAGUGUUCAUGCACAGUCCCGCCACAACUUGCACAACCGUGUCGUCGUAUCAAAAAAGAAGUGAAUGUGAUGUACACACGGAAACGUGAAGGCAGCGUUUUGAGAUUAGCCACUAUGGAACCUGGUUUAAAAAAUGAUUGGAUUUGAGCUCCCAAAACGCAGGCUCUGUGUGGACGGAAUGCAGAAACGUUCAAGAACUUUUGCAGAUACACUAAAACCUGUUUGGAUGUGGCUGAAAUCUAUUCUAAACCAAUUUAAAAAAAAAAGAAAAAAGAAAAUCCCAGAUCAUGACAAUAGCCACAGUUAUAAUGUAUGAUAAUCAUAUAGUAUUUUAAUCAUUUUGACAACAGUGAGUUAGCUUGAUGUCUGAGUUAUUCUAGAACUUUAGCUAUGUUAGUUGUUUAUGUAGUGGACCAGUGGUAAUUUAGAGAGUUGGCGCGAUAUUAGCUGCAAUUUGUAGGCAGUUCAUUUAGAAUAGCAUCCAGUCUAACAUGCUUUCACAUGGGGCAGCACGGUAACAUAGUGGUUUGCUGCCGUCCCGUGUGGAGUUUGAAUGUUCUCCCCAUGCUUGUGUGUAUUUUCUCUGGGUACUCUAGCUUCCUCCCACAUUCCGAAAACAUACGUUAGGUUCUUUGAAGACUCCAAUUUGCCCAUGGGUGGGUAUGUGAGUAUGAAUAGUUGUUUGUCUAUACAAUACGUGCCCUGUGAUUAGCUGGCGACCAGUCCAGGGUGUACCCCACCUCUCACUCAAGAGUGAGCUUGGAUGGGCUCCAUUUCCCUUGCGACCUUAAUCAGAACAGUUGGCUGGAGAAAAUGGAUGGAUGAACAGAUGGAAAUGAAUUAAUCAAAUGUGUAUGACAGAAAAAGAAUGUUAAAAUGUGACUUAAAAAAAUUUACUGAACAGUUACUAAACAUUUUAUGAUGACAACAGUUUGCAUGGGAUUUUUUUUUAUUUCAACACAACUACAUUCCUUAUCUAAGAUUUCCACAUAUGUUUCCAUGUGUCUUGAAAGGACAUCUCCAUCUAAGUGUGUGAGUUCUGGUGGUAUCAUCAUGAGUCACAGCUUGCAGGAGAGCAUCGGCACAACAAACAAGAUGACAGCAGCUUCUGCAAUAGACACAUGUAUGUGUGCAUUGCAAUACAACACAUUGCAGCCAUCGGGAAUAAAAUUUAUUUUGUGUGUGUGUGUGUGUGUGUAACAAAAUAAAGGAUUGGUUGGCAAAUUAAUAAACUGUCACCAAGGCUGCAAAGACAAGCAGGUAGAAUGAACAUCCAGCCCAGGCUGUAUGUGUCAUUAUUAUAAGCAUGUUGUUGUUUAAGUUUCAGAGUCAAACAGUUAAUGCAGUGAUGGGCAAAUGUUUUUGCUCACGGGCCACAUUUGAUUUGUAAAAUAGGUUGAUGGACUACGGUAUUUUUA